AUGGCCACCCCGACCAAGUUCAGCUUCUCCGUGAGGAGCAUCCUGGAUUUGCCGGAGCGGGACGCGGAGGCGGCGCCGCGGUCCUCCCCGCGUUACUCCUCCUGCGGCUCCUCCAGCUCGCCCUACAGCUCCUGGAUGGACUGCGACCGGAGUCCUUGCAUAUCGUCUGACGAAGGCAGCCUCGAGGCCUCCCCUCACUCCACCAAAGCCGACGACUCGUCCGCGGACUCUGAGCCCGACAAGAGCAACAAGAAGACCAAGAAGCGCCGCGUGCUGUUCGCCAAGGCGCAGACCCUGGAGCUGGAGCGGCGCUUCCGCCAGCAGCGCUACCUGUCGGGCCCGGAGAGGGAGCAGCUGGCCCGGCUCCUCGGCCUCACCCCGACCCAGGUGAAGAUCUGGUUCCAGAACCACCGCUACAAGAUGAAGAGAGGCCGCGCGGACGGCGCGCCGCCGCCGCACGACUCCAUGGACACGCCGCAUCAUCCGCCGCUGCUGCGCCGCGUCGUGGUUCCGAUCCUGGUCCGGGACGGGAAGCCGUUCCACGCCUGCGUACUCGACACGGAGAAAGCCGGAUGUUUACAUCCAUCUCAAAGCAUCCCGUUCCCCUUGGCCUACCCGUCUCUUCAGCACCCUCCGAGGUACCACCAUCACUUUCCCACCGCGGCGACCUCCAGAUUCGCGUGGAGAGACUUUUGGAGCGAUUCGGUCCACUUCAACGCGUUCAAGUGA